AGAUUUUUUUUUUUUCCCUGCCAAACCAGAAUUAGCCGGUACAGGAAUGAACCAGCGUGGAGAUAUGAAAUUGCACCGAUUGGAAGGAAGCUCAGAUUAUUAGGCUCCGACACCUCCAGAUGCACCCUUUUGAAAGCCACCCGGAUUGAGGCAUUGAGCUUUAAGCUCCGCAAAACGUUCACCUGGCCGGGCAGCUAGCAACCGAGGAGCCCGGGAGCCCCGCACCGAGCGCGCUCGGAGCCGGGCGGAGAGCCGAGGCGCAGGCACCCACAUCUCCAGGAUGAUAGGCGACAUUGCAACACAUCUGUACACCCAGCUGCUUCGGGGGCUCCGAGUGGAGCAGCAAGUUCGGGGGUCUGUGCCCGGAGCCGAGUGAAAAGUGCAGCCCGGCGGGCUGCGGGCGAAAAUCUUGGAAAAUGUACACAAGUCACGAAGAUAUUGGCUAUGACUUUGAAGAGGACCCCAAGGAUAAGAAGACAGUGAAGCCCCACCCAAACAUUGAUGGCGGAUGGGCUUGGAUGAUGGUCCUUUCUUCCUUUUUUGUGCACAUCCUCAUCAUGGGCUCCCAGAUGGCCCUGGGAGUCCUCAACGUGGAGUGGCUGGAGGAGUUCCACCAGAGCCGCGGCCUGACCGCAUGGGUCAGCUCCCUGAGCAUGGGCAUCACCUUGAUUGUCGGACCUUUCAUCGGCUUGUUCAUUAACACCUGUGGGUGCCGCCGGACUGCCAUCAUCGGUGGGCUGCUGAACUCCCUGGGGUGGGUGCUGAGCGCCUAUGCUACAAACGUGCAUUGUCUUUUUUUUACCUUCGGAGUGGCAGCUGGCCUUGGCAGUGGGAUGGCCUACCUCCCAGCAGUGGUCAUGGUGGGAAGGUAUUUUCAGAAGAGACGAGCCCUGGCCCAGGGCCUCAGCACCACAGGGACAGGAUUUGGCACAUUCCUGAUGACGGUGUUGCUGAAGUACCUGUGUGCUGAGUAUGGAUGGCGGAACGCCAUGUUCAUCCAGGGUGCCGUGUCCUUAAACCUGUGUGUGUGUGGUGCGCUCAUGAGGCCCCUCUCUCCCGGGAAAGACACAAACCUGCCAGAGGGGAAAGGCCCCCGGGUCCUGCCAGCUUGCUCCGUGGAGUCCGUGAAGUCAGCUGGGCCGCCGGGCAGAGUGGAAGAAAAGGAUGGUGGGCCCGGGAACGAGGAGACCCUCAGUGACCUUCAAGCCCAGGAGUGCCCAGGUCAGGCCCGGCACAGGAAGAACAUGUGUGCCCUCCGGGUUCUGAAGACCGUGAGCCAGCUCACCAUGAGAGUCCGCAAGGGCUUCGGGGACUGGUACUCGGGCUACUUUGGGGCGUCGUCACUCUUUACUAAUCGAAUGUUUGUCGCCUUUGUUUUCUGGGCUUUGUUUGCCUACAGCAGCUUUGUCAUUCCUUUUAUCCACCUGCCAGAAAUAGUCAAUUUGUAUAAUUUAUCGGAGCAAAACGAUGUUUUCCCUCUGACUUCGAUCAUAGCCAUAGUCCACAUCUUUGGGAAAGUGGUCCUGGGCGCCGUGGCCGACCUGCCCUGCAUCAGCGUCUGGAACGUCUUCCUACUGGCCAACUUCACCCUCGUCCUUAGCAUUUUCAUUCUGCCAUCCAUGCACACGUACGCCGGCCUGGCUGUCAUCUGCGCUCUGAUCGGGUUUUCCAGCGGUUAUUUCUCCCUAAUGCCCGUGGUGACCGAGGACCUGGUCGGCAUCGAGCACCUGGCCAACGCCUACGGCAUCAUCAUCUGUGCUAACGGCAUCUCCGCCUUGCUGGGACCACCGUUUGCAGGGUGGAUCUUCGACAUCACACAAAAAUAUGAUUUUUCCUUCUAUAUAUGUGGUUUGCUUUACAUGGUAGGAAUACUCUUCUUACUCAUCCAACCAUGUAUUCAAAUUAUAGAACAAUCCAGAAGAAAAUACAUAGAUGGUGCACAUGCUUAGUGUCACGUGAUUCAAGUCGGAUUUCAUUUGUGGUACUCAUGCCUACCUCGCUUGGUUGCUGUGAGGAGCCUGUGAGGAGCUGUGACAGCGGGGAAGAGCUUUGUAAAUGCCAUUGUCAUUACUUUUUUCCAGUAGCACUGCCUCUGCUUUCAGGCAUUGCUGGAGGGUAUUAAGGACUACAUAUGUUUAAAGAAGAUGGUGUUUACAGCUUAUUGAAUAAUAGGUACAAAUGCCCUCAUAAAAACUACUCUCUCUUCUCAUUCAUUGGGACUAGGAUUUUAGAUACGAAGACAGGGAAUAAGAGCUUUUCAACUCAUCUACUUCUUUGCAAGGUGUAACUGAAGCAUCCAUAUGCCUCCAGAAAGUGUGUGGAUAGGUGGGUCUCAAGCCCAAGAAUACGACUGGAUUCAGAAAUUAAUUAUAGGAAGUUAUUGAUCUACCAGUAGAAUACAAAGACAGGCUCCAAUACAGUUUAGUACACGGUUUAUAUUUUUAAGAAUGAAUUCUACAGCGAGGAAGUACAAUUUAUAAAUCUUCCCAUAAGAGGCAGCAUUGGCCAUCAAUUCUAAUUCAGUUAUUCAGUAUUAAAAGACGGUUCGGUGAUGAGCUGAAUCCUAAGGCCGAACCUCAACAAGCAGAUACGGUGAAUGAUUUCCUUAGCAGAAGCUGCAUUUGUGCACACAACCAUUGAAUCAAGGGCUAUGAUUCAAGCACUUUUAUUCAUAUCACUGGGCUGUCAGAUUAUGAGCAUGACCUGUGGCCUUGAACACUUUUUUUCUGAGUUUCUCCUGCCCAACAAAUAGAAUAGAGAACUAAUUGCUGAUUAACAUAAAAACUCGGUGAUUUGAUCACUUGUAAAGCAUGCUGCUGAAUCCAAAACACCAGCCUGUCAAGUUGUGAGGGAGAUGAAUAGAACACCCUUGGUCUAGAUGAUUGUGCACCUGACGCUGGAGUGGUGGUGACAAGUGGCUGUCCCCGGUGCCUCUCACUGAUCUGUAGAUCAUUCACUUGCCUGAGCUGGGCACAGUUUUAAAAAUAGUUCUCUUCAUUGAUUUCAUACACAACACGACUGUGUAUGAAUAAUGCCCUCCUUUAUCUGAGAUGUCUAUUUUUCUAAGCCAAACAUUUUUCAGACUGCAGAAUGUUUCUUCCGAGAAUCAUUUUGAAAUUUCUGGCUGCCUUACUUGUUUACACAUACCUUAAAACUAUGGAAAUUUCUACUUCUGUGGCUGGGGUGUACCUUAUGGGCAGAGCGCUUGCCUAGUAAGUACAAGGCCUUGGGUUUGAUCCCCAGCACUGCAAAUCAUAAAUAAAUAAAUUUCUACUCGCAAUUUUCUCAUCACACAAAAACAGUCCUUUAAUAUCAUUGGCAGUGUCUUGGGUCAUAUUUUUCUAAAAUGAAUACAGCCCAUUUUCAAUUAUCCUUGGUGAUUAGAAACAGGAAUGCGACUACAGUUUAGAAUCACCGAAUGCUACCCCAUGCCUGAUUAGCCAGCAGUUGUGUUGUGCUCUACCAACCCUCCAAGCUGUUAAGUGAUUAAAUGGACAAGUUUCCAUUGGUUUCAUCUCCAUUAUUUCCUACUCCAAUGUCUAGCAGGAGGCGUAUGUACUGAAAGUACCGCCAAAAUAACAGGGAUAACAAAAGGCAGCUAAUAGGAGAAGCAAAAGCAUGGCUGACUGACACACUUGAUAUCCCCUCUAGUGAUCUGAGAAUGGCAUGGGAAUUACCAUAGUUAACAAUUUGCAUGCCAUCCUUCUUUGGCUUAGCACCACCACCCAUUUGUUAUUACAGCUUUGGCUGCUGUUACAGAAGCCCAUCCUCUCUGUUUUGAUCUGGUAAUCAUAAAAGCUGAGGCAAUGCUAUAUAUGUACAUGUGUAUUUACCCUAAAAUUAGGAUAACUAGAUUGAAAAACAUGCUGUGUGUUUAAAACCACAUUACUUGCAUUUUUCUGACAACACUAAAUAACAAGAGGCAGUGUUAAAUCUUCUGAAUGGUGCUAUAGCCCACAAGUCCAGAUGUUCACACUUCGAGUGGUGCACUCUAAGUUGUGAACUUUUUAAUCCAGUGACCCAGCUGCAAUUACUCCAAGUUAGACCUGCUCACAUUCGGUUUGCACACUCAUUGGUUAACUGACUGUAUUCAUGGAAGUGGUGACUCUUACCAAAGCAGCAGAUGUUCCCGUGUUACAAAACUGGAGAAAGACCUGCUUGCAAUAUUCAUGUUGAUAUCAGAAUAUUAAUCAAGAAUUACAGCAAAUCUCUCCUACUGAUAUUACUCUACACAGUUCUUUGAAGACACUUUGAAGGGUUAAUUGUAUAUUUAUUUCAUGUGCUUUAUAGUUUUCCCCUUACAUGCCCACGUGACUUUCAUUUACAUGUAACUAAAUAAAAUUUGUCCUCAUUAAAGGUGGUUGGUGAGUUUUCAUGUAAAA